AUGCAACCACCCCAUACGAAGUGGAUUCCUUCAGGCAUUGCAUUCGCUAUCGGCUUUCUCAACUCCCCAUCGUUCUCUUUGGGACAUUUGAUCGGUGGCGUCAUCAAAUUCAUCUAUCACAAGCUCAUUGCAAAGUCUGGAGGCUGUCUUGGAGCGUUAUGUAUCACACAAACCAGUGGCAAGAGCAAGGACACCUUGCAGACAAUGAUGGAGGGAUCACUAUUGUCGAGUCUCAUGCUUGCCAACAGUGUUUUCAAAUUCACAUCUACUAAUCUAUCCUCUUGGGGCCACGGAAGUCUUUGGUCAUCUACACUCACCCUUGGCUUGUGCCCAUAUCUCAUGACAGUUCUUGUCCCUGCUUCGGAACGGCAGAAGCUGCUUUCCUGUGUUCUCAGGCUAACACUAUAUGCGACAUCAGUCCUCACGUUGAGAAAAACACAUAACUGCACGGAAUACAAAGGCUCUAAUACUUGGAGCCGUGCUUAUGAGGAAGAGCUUGUCAAAGGUGAAACACAGAGGCAUUACGUGCGAGGCAUCCACUAUGACGAGAGCUGGGCACCGCUGAGAAUGGCCACCAGGACCAGCACAUGCCAGACAUCAUCAGUAAGGAAACUGAGCUAA